AUGGAAGCGCAAGCGCGAGAGAAGACGGUCCCCUUUAUGUCUAGCUCAGAUUUUCAUCCGAUCAACACAGACAGGGCGCAGAGCCCUGAUGCAUCACAAGAAUGUCAAGAGUCAGACAGUCUCGACAAGCUGUGUUGGUGGCAGAAAGCAACCAUUUAUCAGGUAUUAAUUCAGAGCUUUCAAGACACCGAUGGAGAUGGCAAAGGGGACCUUCGCGGGGUAGUUAAUCACCUCGACUAUUUCGUCGCGCUCGGUAUUGACGUGGUCUGGAUUUCACCUAUUUAUGAAUCGCCAAUGCGGGACAUGGGGUAUGACAUUAGUGACUAUCGAAAGGUUAAUCCAGUUUUUGGAACCAUGCAGGACAUGGAACGUCUGAUAGAGGAAACACAUCGAAGAGGACUCAGGUUGAUCUUGGACAUCGCUCUCAAUCACACUGCAACUGAACACGAAUGGUUCCAAACCUCCCGACGCGCUCGAAAAGAUCCCGGCCUAGGUAAGCGAGACUGGUAUUUUUGGAGCGAAGGGAAGCUAGAUGAGUUUGGUAAUCGUAUGCCUCCAAAUAACUGGGAGAGUACAUUUACUGGGUCGGUUUGGGAGUGGGACCAGCUGGCAGGCGAGUUCUACCUGCACAUAUUUGGCAAGAAUCAGCCCGACCUAAAUUGGGACUGCGAGGAAGUACGAAAAGAACUGUACAGUGUGUUGAGGUUUUGGUUAGACAAGGGAGUGGAUGGAUUCCGGCUCGACACGAUGAAUUUGGUGUCAAAGACAUCAUCCUUCCCAGAUGCUCCGAUAUCGAAGGAAGGUUCGAGAUGGCAGCCGGCAAAUUACUUGUUUGCAAACGGUCCUCAUAUUCAUGAGUACUUGCAGGAAAUGCACCGGGAAGUGUUUUCACAUUAUGACUGCAUGACCCUAGCAGAGAUGUCCUGCGGCGUCUCCGCUCCUGAAGCUGUUCGAUAUACGUCACGAUUCAAUUCUCGUCCUGAACUAAACCUGGUCAUUCAAUUUCAGCAUGUAGAGCUUGACUGUCAUGAUGGUGAUAAGUGGAUGCUGCGUGAAUGGGAGCUCCCCGAAUUGAAGCGAAUCAUCAACGAGUGGCAGGAAACAUUGGUCGACAAUGGGGGAUGGAACACUGUCUGGAUGGAGAAUCACGAUCAGCCAAGAGGCAUCUCCAGGUUCACUACCAACAGUCCGCGGUUUCGGGCUCUGUGUGCCAAAUUGCUUGCUCUAUGGCAGUUCACGCUCCAGGGCACAAAUCUCAUCUUCCAGGGGCAGGAACUAGGGAUGAUCAACCCGGGACUCUUUUCGGAAGAAAUGAACCAAGACAUUGAGACAAUCCAAUAUUGGAAAUCAGCUUGUGAAGACGCAGGAACCGAAGCACCACAAAAGCUCGAGUUGGCCAAAAAGGCCAUCAUACAGAAAGGUCGCGAUAACACCCGGAUACCCAUUCCGUGGACUGAGGAUCCCCAUGGGGGAUUCACAGACCCGGCAGCCAAACCGUGGCUUCCAUCCUUUGAUCACGGCGGAGAAUGGUGCCACGCCAGCCAGAGACACAGUCCUGAGUCGGUCUGGUCAUUCUAUCGCUCCCUGAUUACUAUGCGAAAGGCCAACCCGACUCUGGCAAGCACACCUUUUGAGCGCUGGCCAUAUUUUCUGAUACUGACUUAA